AUCCACCUUUAACUUUUCCUGAUGUCAGCGGUACCUAGCGGCUUUGUGACCCAAGAAGCGUGUUUCAAUGGACAAUAAUCAUCUUGUCCAUUAAAUUGAUGCAUCGUUCCCCCUUAAAAAGUUGACGAGGCAUUGCCCACAUAAUAGUUAAUACAAGUUUCUCAGAACCGAAAGAACCAAAAGGAUAAGUAGAAAACGAGGCCAUCAUAAGUCACUAAUACCUAAUACAUGAAUGAUACGAGUUACCGGCAAACAUCGCGAUAUAUCGGUCAAAGCGACAGGGGCGCGUCUUUCCAUGCAACCACCCACCCACCUAAGCUUUCCUUGCGAAUCGUCCCAAGUCAUAUAUACAUGACAUAACAGUAUUUUUUUUUGUUUGUUUGUUUGUUUGUUUUUUUUUUCUAAAAAAAAAAAAAACACCUACAUCGAUAGCUUCAAAUGCAAUAGGAAUACCAAUCUUUAUAAACCUUCUCCCGGAGCUUCAGUCAAAAUGGCUACUACUACGGCUCCUCCUCUCCCCAAACCUCCGAACCCAUCCGUCCCUGUUACCCUCCACGAAGCCGGACUUGAUUCGCCUUCAUUCCGAGCUUCCGCCCUAUAUUUUUCCGAACAAGCAGAUGCGAUCGAGCGAUGGUUAGAAGGACACGUUAGGACGACCGCUAAGCUGUCCCACGAAUUGCUCAACGUGGAAGAAACCAUAAAUAAUUACCUGAGCAAGGUCAUCCCACCCCCGAAUAUCAACACCGUGGAUAACGACUAUGCCGCACUGGCACUUAAAAGGUUCAGUGACGGAUCGAGGGAGUGGUGGGUGCAGGUCCUGAAUGCUGCUAGAAAAUUGGACACCAUGUCGGUCGAGCCGAUCCGAGCCUUCCUUCAGGGUGAUUUACGGAACUUCAAGGAGGCCAGAAAAGCAUUGGAACAGACGCAAAAGGUUUUCGAUACUACGUUAGCUCGAUACGUUAGCCAGUCUAAAACGAAAGAGCCUUCCUCGUUGCGGGAGGAUGCCUUUGCCGUGUACGAAACCCGUAAGGCUUACCUGAAGGCGUCCAUGGACUUCUGCUUCUUUGCGCCCCAGUUCCGCAUUAAUCUCGACAAGCUACUAGUUCGAGUAUCUUGCGACCUCUGGCGCGAGAUGAAGAGAUCGCGAGACGCCGCAGGGAGCUUCGGAAAGUAUGGCCACGAGAUGGAUCGGGUGAAAGGAUGGUCUAAAGAGAUGGAACUGUCUGAGCCCAUAUUUAGACGCGAAUUACAGAUGUCGCGCCGCGAUAUUGGAGAGAGCACUCUGGCAGCGUUUAAACCGUCACGAGAGAUAGACGACUACAGCGCAUCUACCGUACCGUUCCUAGGAUCUAGGGGGCCUAUGAACGUUUCCACGGACGGCCAAGCCGCUGCGAUCACGGAGAAACAAGGCUGGCUAUUCCUACGCACUAUAACAGGCAAGCCAUCCCGAACCAAUUGGAUUCGUAGAUGGUACUAUUGUCGGGAGGGUAUCUUUGGUUGGCUUGUCAACAGCUCUCAGGGCGUCUUGCAAGGUGACGAGAUCGGUGUCCUUCUCUGCAAUGUGAAACCCGCUGUAGGGGAAGAGCGUCGAUUCUGCUUUGAGGUGAAAACCAAGAAUCAGACAUUACUGCUCCAGGCCGAGACGCAAGCCCAACUAAUGGAAUGGCUCGAGGUUUUUGAGGUUGCUAAGAAGAGGGCCUUCGAAGCAAGCGUCACUAGGGAUACUUCGUCUCUCCCAGGCGGUGUUGAUCCAGCUUUCUCUAUCACGCCACCUUCGCUCCCGGAGUUCUCGGCCAAAUCCUUGGAUGCGCAGAUCGACGACGGGACAGCCGUCGAGCGAGCGGGAACUCUACCAGCCCCUGAAACCGGACUCGUGCCUAGGCCAAGCUUCGAUAUAACAACAGCUCCCCCAAAGAGAUCGGUGACGUCGUUAGCCCGCGAGGAAGGUGAGAGUAGUCGAGAACACGCAGCCAGGAUCAUGCAGAAACUCGAUCUUCAUCGGAAAGCUACUUUCACCUCGAGCAUGGAUACAGGGCCAUUAUCAUCGCCAGGUCCAACAGGAGGCAUAGCCAGUCUCAUAUCCGCCAGUCACGGUUUACUACCAGGUUAUCCUCCCGCUAUCUCUAAACAGCAGCAGCUAGGGCCCGUCUUACCUGGGCCCGUCUUGCCUGGGCCCGAACCGCAACCCGGCAGCCUUGCACCUCCGACAUUAGCAAAGCCACCAGCAGCGACCCAUCUUAGUAAGAUGGCAGUCGUUUAUAGCGGCGACAGAAUACUUAGCACAAAUGCUUCGCAUAGUCUGCCGACGGCGAUAAUAGCUAAUUAUUGGGGAAGCAAUACUUGGGGCCAUGAGUACUCCCCAAAGACUCCCCAAGCCGACAGAGAUGUUGACGAUCCAUUCGGACCAAACUCGCCCUCGAUCAAGAUGACUACACUCGGCGAGGGUGAAGAGUAUAGAAGCCCCGUUUCGUCGCAUAAGAAGGCCAUUAGCAUGGACGCCAAAAUGAGCCAACCUAAGAUUGUUCUGCCCGCUCCCGAAAAGCCACCGCCGGAGACUUUCCCUCCCGAUUACCCUGUGGAACUGAAGACGAAUUCGGCGCAGUUUAGGCUGCUUUUCCCAAGUGUGCCUUUGGACGAGAAGCUAGUCUUGGUCUUCAGAGCUUCUUGGACUAGCACCUCGGAAGCCGACCGUGAUGUACCACAGAUGGCUGGUAACGGGCGAAUCUACGUCACUCCGGAUAACAUGUACUUCUACGGUCAUCAGAUGGGUCUCGUCGUGACGUAUACCAUUAAACUCGAUACCAUUACAGAAGUAACUGCUGCUCCCGGCAGAGAUUGUGAUUUCAUUUUCCUCCAUCUCAAUCAGGGUGCUGAUGAAAUUGGAUACACACGAAUAACGAUCAAAACAUUCCUUGAAGAUCUAGAUCUCUUACACUCGCGUCUGAACCUUUUGGUUGAUGACCUACAAGCUGAGGAGCCCAUGGACCUACCUGAACUUAUCAAAGCACUAAUUAACUUGGAGAAAGAAGAAAUGGAUAGAAAAAGUCCUAGCAUAGACAGCUGGGAAGAAGUUUCAGAGCACACGCCUGUCGAUGACGGCACCGUCGCUGGUAGAGCUAUCAGUCCCCGACAUCAUUAUUCAGCUUUUGGUUCUCGACGUAGAGGCGCAAGGAAGCCUAUUCCUAAGUUCCAGCUCCCAACCCACCCUGUGAUUUACGAGCCCGAAGAUAUGCAGAAGAAGGUCGCCGAGCGGAAUUUUGAGAUCAGCGCCAAAGCAUGUUUCCACGUCUUGUUCGGAGAUAAGAGCUUCGUCUUCCCCAAACUCUAUUUUGAGCGAAGGGCCCAGCAUAUCGCCCAGGGCCCGUGGAAGUUAAACGAGGGUGGAAACAUGCAGAGGCAGUUCCGAUUCAGCGUCAACUAUACUACAAGGCUAGGUCGGUCAAGGGCCGAAGAGGUCACCGACGAGCAGACGAUCGAAUUAUUUAGCGACCACGUCACAUACGUAGUUACGCAUGUGAAGACCCCGUGGCAUCUACCUCACGCUCACGGGUUUAAGUUGGUCACUAAAAUUGUCAUCACUCACGUCGCCAAGUCGAAGUGCAAGCUAGCUAUCUUCACGAAGGUAGCCUGGUCGAAACCGCCAGCUCUUGCUAAGAACAUGGUGGAGAGGCAGGCACUCGACGACGCCACUCAAGAUGCCGAAGAUCUCGCAGAAGUCGCAACUGAUCAAGUACGAAAACUUGGUCACCACAGCCGCACGAAGAGGGCCAUCCAGGUUUACGGUCACGUAGGACUGCAGACUCAGGUUGUGGUGUUCACACCCGGAGAAGCCGGCACGUCGAAAAAGCCGCAUAUCAAACCGCGCACCCUGGGCUCGAUGCUGCUCGAAACUCUAAGAUCCUUGGCCGAUAGUGUCGCAUCGUCUCUAGUGAUGUGGAUGUUUGCAGCCAUCAAAAAACUGUGGGGCGUAAUAAAGGCAGAACGGCUCAUCCUCGCCUUGCUUGGAUUUAGCGUGAUUACGAAUAUCGUGUUCUCGUCGCAAAGCACGUCGGCGUGGUGGUCCGAACGGCGAGCGGCCAGCUUUAUGAACCGCGUCGGCGUAGGGCCGAACAUCGUGAUGAGCAAGGCUAUCUACAUAGCGGACCUGGACGAAGCGGCAAGGAGCUCAAGGGCUCUUCCCGCGUGGCCGCAGGAUAGCUACUGCUACGCGACGUUCCAGACCAUCGCCAACAGCAGCGACGCGGACGGGCCGUACGAGUACGCGGGGUCGUCGAUGUCGUGGAGCUCGAGCCGCGCGACGGCGCGACGGCUGCGGCAGACGAGGCAGAAGCUCGGGGCGUACCGGCACGACCUGCUGGUGGCGAUGCGCACGGUCAACAGCGUGGAGCGCGAGAUGAUGCACGCCGAGUGGGAGAACUGGCUGUUCAACGAGAACCACCGGUGCGAGCAGGUGGAGGUGAUGCUCGCGACGUGGAACAACAACUCGGCAGACGGAAAGGACGGUAAGUCCAAGGGAGAAGUGGCGCAGAAAGUGCUUGGCCACAACUCAGGAGAGGGUGGUGGUAAAGAUAAUAAAGAGGCUAAAGACGAAGCGAAGCGCAGGAACUUACAGAGGUGGCAUGAAGAAUAUUGCGGUAGCUGCAUGGCGGAUCGCGAGGCGCUGCUCGAGGAGAGGGAGAUGUUGAGCUUGUCGAUGGCGGCGUCGGCGUUGUAGAUAAGGAAGCAGGGAGGGAUGGAAAAAUAAAUUUGGAAAAAAACCAAAAAAAAAAAAAAAAAGAGAGAGAGAGCGAAGCACCCGGCUGCGAACCGAGCCAGCCUAUAGAAGCUCCUCCCGGAGCGAGAGUCGAGUAGUAGCUAUACAUACCCAGGUACGGAUACGUGAAUAAAGGGGGGAGAACAGCGACCUAUAUGUAUGUACUAUAUAUUUUGUACAGAGGGGGUUUAGGUUAUCAUGUAUUGGGUAUUGGGUUACCAGUUGGAUUGUUUACUACUGCUACUAGAAUUCUAGGUUGGAAAUACUAAUACCCAAAAGUGAGCGUAACAUACCUACCUACCUCUUAUAUACCUAGGUACCUAAUGUAUUAAUUACCUGAAUUUAUAUAUGGCGUGCUGCCGAGGCCAAAAAAAA